GCACUGUCCGCAGAUUCCCUUACCGGAAGUGACGUACACAAGGCAGCAAUGGCGGCUCGCAGUUUCAUUCCGGAUUUCCAGUGGACGACAAACUGAUUUUACCGCCUACGCUGGACCCUAUGGAUUUUUUUUAAACCCCACUCAGCUUUGAAAGGACGAGUCGAGCCGGUGACCAUACUUAAGAAGUCACACUGCCGGCUUUUAAGGCUAAUUUCAGAGCAAGGUUCAAGGUCUUGUCGACGCUAGCGGUGGCUUGUAGGCUAGCAGGGUAACGCUAGCUUACUUUCUAACGAGGUCCUGAAACGGUGACAUUUGGGGUUUUCUUUAAGUGCCACUAUGUCAAUAAACUACAUGUAAUGCUUAUUUUGUGUGUAGAGCGAGGUACUCACACGUUACAUUUGGCCUCUUUUGGGGGGAACUUGCAGUCGCUCUUUUAAUAGCGUCUAAUGCGGACUGUCACUCGUCUUUAAAAGAGCUGCUCUUCGUCUUAUUAUUUUGUCGUCUUCUGGGGGGUCUUUGCGUGCCUGUCAACAUGCUGAAGACCCGCCAAUGUUUACUGGGGAUCCGGACUUUCCUCGGCGUGACGUCCAGACUAUGGGGCUUCAUCCUGUACAUCCUCAGGAAGCAUCUACGAACGAUAAUCCAGUAUCAGACUGUGAGAUACGACACUUUGCCUCUGUCUCCUAUCUCCAGAAACAGACUGAAUGCAGUCAAGAGGAAAAUUCUGGUGUUGGAUCUGGACGAGACCCUGAUCCACUCUCACCACGACGGGGUCCUGAGACCCACUGUGAGACCGGGAACCCCACCCGACUUUAUCCUCAAAGUUGUCAUCGAUAAACACCCCGUCAGAUUCUUCGUACACAAAAGGCCACAUGUUGACUUCUUUUUAGAAGUGGUGAGCCAGUGGUACGAGCUGGUGGUCUUUACAGCCAGCAUGGAGAUCUACGGCUCGGCAGUGGCCGACAAGUUGGACAACAAUCGGAACAUCCUCAGACGCAGAUACUACAGACAGCACUGCACGUUGGAUCUAGGUAGUUACAUCAAAGACCUGUCAGUUGUACAUGACGACUUGUCCAGUAUCGUCAUCCUAGACAAUUCACCAGGUGCAUAUAGAAGUCAUCCAGACAAUGCAAUACCCAUCAAGUCUUGGUUUAGUGACCCUAGCGACACAGCACUUCUUAACUUGCUGCCUAUGCUUGACGCAUUAAGGUUUACUGCUGACGUGCGCUCCGUCCUCAGUCGAAACCUCCACCAGCAUCGGCUCUGGUGAUUGGCCCAAUCAGAAGGAGGGGUGGGGCUUCUUCUUCCCAAGCUCCAACCACCACUAUUGAAAACAAACCACCAAUGAACACUUUGGGUGUCAGCCCAGGUGCUUUUUGAUUUCAUCCCCUUUCAACAAAACAACAAAAACAGAUCAUGGAGGUGUGUAUUUUUAACAUAUUUUCCAUCAUGAUGCUGAGGAUUCACCGUGCAAAAUCAACACUCUUUAUUGAUUCAUUGGUGAUUGCUUUUGAAAGGAUAUACAAUUACUUUUUUUUUUUUUGCCUCUUCCUGACAAGUUUUGUUUUUUUAAAUAAACUCUCCUCCAAAAAGACUUGCUUUGAAUGAAUGAGAGUUUGAAGACAAAAACAUGAACUGCUGUGCCGUCUGUCACCAUAGGAACCAACAUCAUCAUACUAUGAAAUUGCACUUUUUUCAUUGACAGAUUUCACUGGCUCUGCCCCUUUACCGUAUUUUUGUGUGUUUUUUAGAGCCUCAAGCCUUCUGAAGAAUGUCGUUCAUGUUCUUCUAUUGGCUCUGUGUUGCUAAUACAAUUAAAAAAAACAACAACACA